AGUCGACACCCGCUUCUAUUAUACAGCAGCAGUUUUGGACUAUAGUGGAGUGAGUCUCGUUCUCGUCACAUGCUUGGAAUAUUUUCUCUCAAGACAUCUUGGAUUCGCAUGUCACAUGUGAGGUGUGCCAUCUCCACAUCACUAACAUCCCACAAUCUACCUGCACCUGCUGCUGCACUCCUGGCAUCUAGUUAUCAGAUGGUGUGCCACAUCAGGCAUUGCAACCAAGGAGUCAAGUUUCAUCAGGAAAAGAGUACAAGUGUUGCUGCCCUCAAGCCUGAGAAGAGGGUACCACUGUACAAGAAUUCUCCAUUGAAAUCAAGGAAAUCAAGUUGCAGCAAGAAGAGUAUGUAUGAGUCAAGAUUUUCAAGCAAUAGGAAAAUUGUCCAGGAGUUAACAGCAGGAAGAGUGCAAGAAACUCCCUUCCAAGUUGUAGUGGGACUGGCAAGCAACCUUCAUGACCCAAAGGCAGGAGAGUUAUUGGCCAUUUUAUCAGGAGAGUUUGCUCCUCUCACAAAAACUGCCGAGUUUCACUACCGCCAGACCUAUAUAGUAUAAGUUCUCCACUCCAGUCUGGGAAGGAAGGAAGUAAAAGUCCCUCCCUGAUGGCAGCAGUGUGUGUGCUAGACAGUGUACGUGUAGAAAUUGCAACUUUUUUUGUUGAGCCAGAAAUACACGUGCAAUAUCAACUGUGGAUAAAAAUUCAGGACCAAAUCAGGAUCACUGUGGUGUAUACAAAAAGAUAGUAAGGAAAUCUUACUAUGGAUGAUGCUGUGAUUUAUGAGAAGUCUGGUACCAUACUUACUGUGAAACUGUAAUCAAGGAGAAAUAUCAGUGUUUAAAGAAGCUGGAGGACAUUCCGUGGUUUUGCAGACAGUAAACCUGAGACAAAAAAUGCUGUUCAAAGAGCAAAUUAAGUGAAGAAGCAGAAUAGGAAGGAUCUUGAGAUGAAAAAGAAAUUUAAUAUCAAAAGAGCUAAUUGGUGAAAUUAAGACAAGUGAGAAAUGAGAUAAAUACAGCACUGGAGAAGAAAAUUCUGGUCAAAAGAAUAAUUGAAGGAGCACCAGAAUGGAUGAAGGAUGCAUGCAGGAGAAAGAGAGCAGGCAAAAUAGGAGAAACAAUCCAAAUCUCUAUGAACAUACCAGAAUCUAACAAAGAAAUACCCAGUGAAAGACAGGACCUGGAAAGAUACAAUAACCUCUGGGACUAGAUAGCAAUUAUGUGAAAUGGUAAUUGUAAUCAGAUUGGGAAACACAUAAGUGAAAAUAGGAACAAACCAGUCCUGCUCAAACUUUCCAGGGUGGCAGAAAAAUGGGUAAGUCUGAAAAAUGUCAAGCCGCUAAAAUACAAAAGAGAACCCAAUGAAGAAAAGGGUGAGGAUGUCUCUAAACCUCACAAAGCAGCAACAGAGACCACAACAAAAUGUUAAGAAGUGAACUGAAAGAACAAGGUGAAGUAAACCUUUACAAAAGAAAGCAGGAAAUUGUAGAGCAGAAAGGGUAAGAGAGAGAACAUAUUAAAAUUUGAGUAGCAAAUAAAUAAUAAUAACAGUAACGUAAUGUACAAAAUAAUAUUGAUCAACAUAAAGAGGACACCUUCACCAUAUAACUGGUUAAUAUACAAGGAUUAUUCAAGACUAAAGUAUUAGAGGUGGUGGAAUUAGUAGGAAAUAAGAAGGAUCUAUUGUCUAACAGAAAUGCAACAUAAAAUAGACAAAACAACCUUUAAUAAUGACAUCACUAAACACAUUAAUGAGAACUGAAAAGGCUGAGAUACAAAGUUAAGCAAAACCAAUACCAAAAACACAGGUCUCUUAUAGUUCUAUGAGUGGUAGGAUUAAGAACAUCGGUGUAAGAUCACUAGCUGCUUGUAUACUUUUCAGUGGAACACAAGCUAGAGGAUCACUAGCUGCUUGUAUACUUCUCAGUGGAACACAAGCUAGAGGAUGAAGGAAUCAAAAUAUCAAAAAUUUUAGAAUGGAGGAUUAUCAAAGACAGGAAAAAGAGGCCGUAUAUUACUUGGAGACUUUAUUGGACACACAGGUUAUUAUGGCACACAGAAGCUUGAUAACAAUGAACUCUUAUUCUUCACCUUAAGACUGACAACAAACUGAUGACAAGAUACACAGGAACUUGUAUAUGGCAGAAAAUAAACAGUAUGAGAAGUGU